GUCAAAACAAAACCGGCAAGUGAAAGGCACACAGGGCUGCGCGUGUGGAGACACUGUCUUGCUUUACAGAAGGGUUUUCCAUACAGCAGUCUUUCAUAAGGACGCAUCAGCAUGGAGGCGAGAGCUGGGGAUUGAAUCUACAACCUUCUGGUUUAAUGACUACCACUACCAAUACCACUGUCCCCAUUGUUAACCUACUUUGAGAGGAUUUGUUCCUCGCCCCCCCCACAGUGCCUCCGAUGGCUGGUCGGCUCCUUAAAGUCUCCUCACUCACUACAGCAGCGUUUGCCUCGUCUGGGUUUUAUCUGUACAACAGACGGCUGGACCUCAAUGACCUGAGUAUUGUCCGCUUUGGCCGAGCUGCAGCCACUACCGCGGCCAUCAGCUACGACUAUCUGACUGCUUUCAAACAUGUGGAACAUGGCACAGAGGAAUACCAGGCACUCAAGUCCAAGGUUCACCGGCGCUCGGCGAAGCGUCUUCUGGAUUUGUGCUGUGCCAAUCGUGGCACUUUCAUCAAGGUGGGUCAGCACCUGGGUGCUCUGGAAUACCUGCUGCCUGAGGAGUACACAUCCACGCUGAAGGUGCUUCACAGCCGAGCUCCACAGAGCAGCAUGGAGGAGAUCCAGGAGGUCCUCAGAGAAGACCUCGGCAAAGAGCUGUCCGAGUUAUUUGUCUCCUUUGAGGAGACGCCUCAGGGUACAGCCUCCUUAGCCCAGGUCCACAAGGCAGUGCUUCAUGAUGGGAGGACAGUGGCUGUCAAGGUCCAACACCCCAAAGUCCAGAGACAAAGCUCCAAGGACAUACUGGUGAUGGAGAUAUUGGUCAGGACAGUUCACUGGCUCUUCCCAGACUUUGCCUUCAUGUGGUUGGUGGAAGAGGCCAAGAAGAACAUGCCGCUGGAGCUGGACUUCCUUAAUGAGGGACGCAAUGCAGAGAAGGUGGCCAGCAUGUUGGCCCAUUACCCUUUCCUCAAGGUGCCCAUGAUCCACUGGGAUCUUUCUACAAAGAGGAUCCUGACCAUGGAGUUUGCUGAGGGCGGAGAGGUCAAUGACAGAGCCUACAUGAAGAAACACGACAUCAAUGUCAAUGAGAUCUCAGAGAAUCUGGGUAAGAUGUACAGUGAGAUGAUCUUCGUCCACGGCUUUGUGCAUUGUGACCCACACCCGGGAAACGUGUUGGUCCGAAAGUGUCCUCAGCACAAGAAGACAGAGAUUGUCCUGCUUGAUCACGGCCUGUAUCAGAUCCUGCAGCCAGACUUCAGGCUGGACUACUGUCAACUGUGGCAGGCUCUUAUCAAUGGUGACAUGCCCAAGGUGGAGCGUUACAGCCGCAGACUGGGAGCUGGAGAUCUGUAUCCUCUGUUUGCCUGUGUGCUCACUGCUCGCUCCUGGACUGCAGUCAACACUGGUAUCAGUGCUGUGCCCGUCACCCAGUCUGAGGACGUUGAGAUACGGACCAACGCCGCUCUGUACCUGCCUCAGAUCAGUGAGCUGUUGAAUCGAGUUCCCCGUCAGAUGCUGCUGCUGCUGAAGACCAACGACUUGCUGAGGGGCAUUGAGACCACUUUAGGGACCAGAGCCGCGUCCUCGUCCUUCAUCAACAUGUCCCGCUGCUGCAUACGUGCCUUGGCCAGGCACAAGAGGAGUAAGGCUCGGUCCAGGAGGAAGCGUCUGCAGAUAAAGCUGUCGGAAUCUCUCCGGCUGUGGAGACUCUCUCUGUUUGAACUGUUUCUGUGGGUGAAGGAUUCAGUGCUCGUACACUGGCUCGCUGCUCUGCUGCCAUUUGGUCACUGAGACACGCGUCGCCCUGGAACGUCUGGAACAGUGGGGCCACAACUGUUGAAACUGCAUGUUUCAAACGGUAACACUUUUUAACACGUACAGAAGAAAAAAACACGCACACACAGAUAUGUUCUCGUCAAGGUUUCAGUUUGGAACGCUGUGGAUCAAUACAAAGGCAAGAGGUAACUGAUAACUUAAUAGCCCUCACGAUCACUUUUAUUUUCUCAUGAUGGUGCCAUGUUUGUAUUUUCUUUUUUUGUUUUAAUUCAGGAACAUUAUUGUCAGGUAAUAUUUCUCAUCUUGUAUUUAAAGGUCCAGUUUUUAAGAAUCAGUGACAUCUAAUGAUGAGAUUGAAGAUUUUAACCAAAGGAGGACUCCUCUGCUCCGCCCCUCCUACAGUUCCCAUGCAAGUCAGGGAACUACGGUGGCCUUUACAUGCCAGAAAAGAUUGUAGUAUGUAGUAAAAUUCUGCUUCAAAAAGUCAAAUACGAUACCAGGUUUUCUAAACUGUAGCCAGUCGAUUGUGAUCUUGAGAUUGUCAUAUGUUUUAUGUGCAACCUUUUAAUCAUGGUUCAUGCACAAAUUGAACAUAAUGUCGUAAGGUAAAGACAGAGAUGCAAUCAUGGAGAUUGUGACAUAGGGACAUUAUCAACAGAGCAGAUCAGUUAUUCAAGGGAUAGCUCAGGUUUGUGCGCUUGUAUGUGGCAUCAACACAUUAAUAUUAUCACCACUGACUAUGCAGAGUGCGCUGCUGCACAUGCCUCGGUGUGUGUUUUCACUCUCCUGCACCAAAGUCCACACAGAACAUUAGUAUUUGUAGCAUGCGGGGACACAGAAGCUCUUGGUCCACUGCUGCCGCCUUUUAGGUGAAUUUGUGUCACUUGGGUAAAA